GUAAUAUAGAGAACUGAAAGCACGCCAUAGAUCCGCGAGUUAUAAUAGUGAUUCCAUUAGUUUUAGUCCUUGGUGACACAAUUGUUGCCGAGGAAUAAUGUCUUGCAAAUAAUUUACCAGACUAAGCUCUGAUCAGAAGCCACAAUAAAGUGAAGAGCUGAUAAGGAUUACACAAUAAUUAAAAUUACCAAAAAAAUUAAGAACUGAAAAAUUGAAAAAAUGUGGAAAUGUGAUCAAUUAAACUAUUGGCCCACGCCGGCAAAGACAUUUCCCAUAUAAAGCUGCCUUGAGGAGAUGCAUUUGAGGCUCCUUGCAAAGGGUCUGGAUGGAUGGUGAUUCAACGACGGGUGGACGGCAGCGUGGACUUUACCCGAAGUUGGAAUGAAUACAGAGAUGGGCUUGGAAAUUUGACAGGAGAGCUCUCCAUAGGCCUGGAUAAGUUGCACUUCAUCACUAAUUCGAGACAGCACGAACUGCUUAUCCGUCUGGGAAUAGUGAAUGGGUCCACUGAUUUCGUCAAGUAUGAUGAUUUCAUGGUUUGCAUCAAGGAUACUGCCUAUCUAUUGGAAUCAAUUGGAAAUCACACUGGAAGCGCAGGAGACUCCCUCAAUAAAUACCAUACGAACAUGAUAUUCUUAACAUUUCACGGGGAUACUCACCUUCAUAAAUAUAAUUACGCUGAAAAGUUUGGUGGUGGCUGGCGGUUACCAAAUUGUGCAUUAAGUCAGCUAAACAGAAGGUUCUACAAAGAGGGCAAACAGAAGGAUGACUUAUACGGGAUUCUUUGCCGAAGUUGCCACGGUUGGGAGUACAAUGUUUCACAUACAUUUGUCAAAAUGAUGAUUAGACCCAAACUAUGUUUUCUCCUCGAUGCCAAUCUUGAAAUCAUCAUACUUGACGAAAGCAUUGGACCCAUUCACUUUUCCCAGACGAAUAAACAGUUCGUGCUGUCUCGAUUGAGUUAUGAGGUGCAACUUCUCCAGGCCUAUGAAGAACUCUCCUGUCAAAUUGCCAAAUCCAUCUCUUUGUCCAAGUCCGCUUAAAGUCCACGCUGCCGUCCAUCCGUCUUUGAAUUACCAUCCAUCCAGAUCCAUUGCAGAUACUUAAAAUGUAUAUAAAAGCGAUUAAAAUAAACAAAUGAAAUAAUAUGAGUAUAA